AUGCGUAACCAAAUAAAAAAGAAAAAGGAAACCCAUCAGCAGCAAAAAAUUGUGAAUGGAAAUGAAGCAGAAAUGGAUGAAAAUGAAAGUGUAAUUAUAGGGCUCCAGUCAAAACUGAUGGCUUUGGAACAAAAAUAUAUAGAUUUUGCUGGGAGAUGUGCUUGCAUUUUAGAAGAAAAUAAAUCGCAGAUGGGCAGAGAAACCAAAGGUGAGAAGAUCGUUGACACUUUUGAUGAUUUGUUUGAAGAAAAUAAAAAAAUUCAAAGCGAUUUAGAUUUUGUUAUUGAUGAAAAAGAUAAUUUAUAUAUUUAUAUAAUAAAUAUAAGCAUAAUACCAUCGAGAAAAAUAAUCUAUUUAUUAUAAGGAGGUUAAUCCCUUUUAUUUAUAUUAAAAUGCAUAAAAAAGGACAAAAAUUCCCAACUGAAAAAGAUCGAAGCAAAGAUUUAUGAAUUGUGCAUGAAUGAUAAUGAGAAAAGAAAAACAGCAAGAGGCAUAGUCAAUGAAAUUAAACUUAUGAUUAAUUUACAAGAAAAUAAUGAAGGAAUUAAAAGGAAGUUUGAAGAAGAGCUGCAUAGAGUAAAAGAAAAAUAUUUCAAGGCAGUUAAAGCUAAAGACGCAGAAAUUUUGAAGCUGAAAAAAGAAAAAGAUGUGUUUGAUAAGACAAUAAGAGAGCUGCAUAAGCAAGCAAGAGAUUUAAAAAGUUGACAGGAAAUGGCGGCUAAGGCUAAAACUCAAACUGAUUUUUGCAGAUGGACUGAAGGAUCAAGACCUGCGUCAAGAUGUGAAAGCACUGAUUUAAAAAAAUUCAGACCAAACACCCCAGGAGGAUCGUUUUCAAGGUCAACUUUAGCAGGAUCUCCUCUUCCUAUAUCUCAUAUCAGAAAAAACAGCAAAGAGCUGCUAAAAUCUUAUUUUCCUCAAACUAAAGAAUUCAGCCCCCUUCGCUUAUCAAGAUCAAGCACUCCUGCAUCUCGUUCUGUUUCUCCUCAAAAUAGAGAAUUUCAUAAAAUUAAAAAACAGCUAAAUGAAACAAAACAAAAAUUAGAUAAAAUAACCCAAGAAAGAGACAAUUUUAAAGCCUGGAAAACAAGCCACACAAGGACUCAGUCAUUUAGCUCAACUGGAUCUUAUUGGCAUGAAUUUGAUAAGAAAAAACUGAAUGAAACUGUUGGACUUAUAAAAGCUAAAGCAAAUACAAUCAUAAAAGGAGCAAAAAAUUAUAUUGAUGCUAGUGUAAGAGCACAAAGAGCUAUAGCGCUUUCCCGAGGAUGGCGCGGAAUGGCGCCAUCCUCGGGAAAGCCAGGAAGGCAUCCACACGGGAACUGGGAGUUCCACGUGUGGAUGCCAUUUUGACAUGUGGAAGUUUGGAUCCCACAUGUCAAAAAUGGCAUCCACACGUGGAACUCCCAGUUCCCGUGUGGAUGCUUAGUUGACUUUCCCGAGGAUGGCGCCAUUCCGCGCCAUCCUCGGGAAAGCGCUAUAUAUUGAACUCAGAAUUUAAUAAAAGCGAAACUAUUGAAAAGGCUGGAAAUUUGAAGGCUAAAUUGAGACAAAUAAUAAGAGAUUUUGAAAGUGAUAAGUUUUUACAGAGUCUUGAUAAGGGCUCUGAUUUGAUUAGAUUAAGCCAUUUGCCUUGCAGGGCCGGGGAUUUACACCCCUACACGCUCAUCGCCCCUAAGGAGCCUCGGCGGACACCCUCCUUGCUGCCUCAAACAAGGGAUUCGCACAACCAGUCUUGACUUUCAUGGCUUCUGGAGUCUAAGGGCCAACCACCUGGGUCGAAACUCCAGUUUCUCGCUGGGCAAAUACCGUCUUCAGGGUCUGAGGGUCAUAUUGCCCUCAAACAUUGGCCGACCUUGCCCUUUCCAAUGGUUGUCCUGGAGGAAAAACUCCAAAUCCGAGGAUUAGCUCCUCGGGCUCGAAGAAAACCAGCCCGAUUAUACAUAAAGGAUUACCGGCCCCUUUCCACCUAAAUCUCCGACACUGGGCCGUUGCCUGCUGAUGUUGAAGAAAUAGGGUCGAGAGGUCGGAUGGUCUGUCGUCACCAUUUUUAUGUAUAUAUAAGGGCUCUGAUAAAAAUUUGGAUUUUUGGCAGGAAAAUGAAGAUAUUACAAUUUUAGAAGGAGAGAUGCAGAAAGAAAAAGAGAAAAAUGAAGAAUAUUUGAAAAUAAUUGAUGAAAAAAAUAAAGAAAAAGAAAGUAUUUUAAGAGAAUUAGAGAAAAUGAAGGAUGAAGUUGAUGAAAAAGAGAAGAAUGUUAAGGAUCUAAAGGAGCAAAAUAUGAUGAUAAAGAUGACUAUGAAAAAUAUGAGAGAAAUUUUUCAAGAAGCUCCAAGAGGGAAUUUAGAUAAUGCAGAAAAUAAUAAGAUGAUAACCGAUUUGAAAAAUAUUUUGAUGAGUGAGGUUUUGAGAUAUUAUAAGAAAUUUGAUGAUUUUUCCGAUAAAAUAUGCCAAGCAAUCAUAAAAAGGGAAGCCCAACUCGUAAAAGUAGAAGAGUCUCUCAAUAAGAUAAAAUCAUAUUGGAUUGAAUCUGUAUCUGAAAAUUCAAAAAAUUCAAAAAAUAUAAGCUUUAUAGAUGAACUAUUAGAAGCAAAUAAAGCUCUCAAAGAAAGUCAAAUUUUAAAUGAAGAAAAGUUCAAAAAACAAAUUAAUGACUUGGCUUCAAAAAUAUCUGGCUUAGAGAACGAAAAAUACGCUCUUGAAAAUGAAUUGCUUACAAUUAAAGAAAAACAAAUUAAAGAGUCAAGUAAUCAAACUUCUUAUCAGCUUAAACAAAAAGCCCAAGAAAUCGAAAGGCUAUCACAAUUAAAUAUUGAACUAAAAAAUGAGAUAAAUAUCCUUGAAAACCAACUUCAGGACUCUAAAACUGAAUAUGAAUCAAAAAAUCAUCAGCUAGAAAAAGAAAUGAAAAUCAAAAUUGAUGCUUUUGAAAAUCAAAUUAAAUUUCAAAAAAACGAAUUUAGUAAGUUAGAAAAGGAGCUCAAACAGACUUCUCAUAAUAUGCAAAAUUCCAAUAAAAAUCUAGAAAAAGAAAAUGAUUUGCUUAGGUCUGAUUAUGAAUUGAAAAUUAAUGAUUACAAAGAAGAUUUAAAUAAAAAGGAAGCAGAAAUAAUUGAGAAAGAUAUUAUCAUAGAAGAGCUAAAUGAAAAUAUAAAUAAUCUAGAAAACAGAUUGAAAUGUAAUAAUUUGGAAGCUGAAGAAAAAAUCCACAAUUUAAAUACAAAGAUUUUUGAAUUAAAUAAACUUUUGCAUUCAAAUCGCAAUAAAUCAGAAGAAAAAUCAGAUCUUCAAGCUAGUGCUAUUGAGGAAAACGAAGAAUUGAAAUCACAAAUCAAUUCUAUUUGUCUAGAAUUAAAUGAAGCAACAAAGUCAUUACAAAAAGAAAAAACCAUUAAUAAAGAUACAAAAAUAGCUUUAAAUGAGCUUUCAGACAAGAUUUUUAAAGUACCUCGUGAAAAGGAAGAAACUUCAUCAGAAUUGAAUAUAAAAAUAAAGCAGCUUGAAAAAGAAAAACUUCAAAUCUCAUCAGAAUAUAUAGAAAAAAUAGAAAAUAUUAAUAAAGAAUUUGAAGCUGAUAAGAAGAGACUUACAGAUGAAAAUAGCAAACUUCAAAAUGAAAUAAAAGACUUCAUAAACUCAAGCCCAAAUAAUACACUUGACAUUUCCAAUAAUAUAGAAGAAAUAGCAGAAAUUAUUAACGAAAUUACUGAUAGUGCAUAUUCAGAAUCAGAUAUAGUUUCAAAUUUCCCAGAUAUUUUGCUUGAGAUUAAAGGUGAAUAUUUAGAAGUUUUUGAUAGAAAUUCACAGCUAGAAAAAUUCUGCAAGAAAUUUGUAGAAGAUACAAAUGCCAAACUUAAGUUUUUAGAAGAUGAAAAAUCAUCAAUUUUGGCAAGAGAAAAAGAGCUUAAAGAGCAAGUGGAAGAUUUAAAAAUUCUUAAUUAUGAGACUACAAAACUUCUAGAUGAAGCCAAACUUAAUUUAGCCCAGCUAGAAGAUGACUUAGAAAACGAAAAAUCGUUAUCGUUAAAAUUAAAUGAAGAAAAUGAUGCUUUUAAUAAUAUUUUAGACGAAAAUUCUAAAGCUACACAGGAACUUAAUCAAGAGAUAAAAGAUCUCAAACAAAAAAACUUUCAGGUUUUAAAUGAUUAUACAAACCAGAGAUCUGUAAUAGAAAAACUAACUGAGGAAAAAGAAUAUUUAGAGCAAAGAUUGCAGUCAGCAAUUGCAACAACUCAGCUUUCAGGAAAUCAGCUUCGAGAAAAUAAUCUACAGCUCCAAUCCCAAGUUGCCUUAUUAGAAUCUUCAAAUAAUUCGAUAUUGUUAUUACGACUUAUAGAGAAGUUCGCUGUAAUUCCAUAAGGACUACCCCACCCCUAAUGCUUCCCUACUUGCUUCUCAGUUCCUGUCCAUGGUAUCGCGAAGGUUGCUCCUGCCAGACAAGGGCCUGAGCUAGCUGCCAGGUAGUUUAAUGAGUUGAGUCAAUGUGCCGUACGUCAACAGGGUUACCCACCAUUAAAAAAUUCAAAAGGGUUGAAAUUCUGGUCAAUCAUGGCCAAGAUGGAAAUCAAUAGCCCAAGGCGUAGCUCCUGGUUUCACGUUGAGGAAUAGUCCUGAUAUGUCAGGACAAACGCCACUCUCGCCACUGUGAAAACCUUUUCCAGCUUCCGAAUCAUCUACACUGAUACAAAAACUUGGCAUUGGAUUAAAGCAGCAAUUAGCCACCCGAAAUUGCGCUUCACCAAAUCAAUACAGACCUAACCAGAUACACAUUCCCCAACUCCAUUCUCCCUUCCCAAGGACCCUGUGCACCCUUUCUGAUGCCAUCUACAGGAGUUAAGAGAGUGGGUUGGCUCACCAUGCAUUUUAAUGUAUAACUUCAAAUAAUUCAUUUGCUAAAAUGAAAUUACAACUAGAAAGCAAAAACUCAAGACUUGAAUUUGAAAACUCAGAAUAUGCUAAAAUUAUCGAAGAAAAGAAUAAAAAUAUUAAAAAUAAUAUGCAAAAAAUUACCCAGCAGGAUAGUGAAAUACAGAAGCUAAAACAUAAGUUUGAAAAAGCUGCAAAUGACUGUGAAAAUGAAAAGAAAAAAAAUAUAGAAAUGCUAAGCAGGAUACAAAAUGAAGAAAUCACAUAUCAAACUAAUUUGACUUCACUAGAGAAUGAAUUAAGAGCGGCUAGACAAGAGAGAAGAAGCUCUUUCAGAAAAAUGUCAGCUCCUCUGCAAGAACCUUCUGGUGAAGGAUUCCAAUUCAGAUCUUCUAAUAUAAAAUUAUUUGUAGACACCUCAGCAGAAGGCUUAAAGCAAAAAGAUUCAGAAGAAAAAGUCUCUGAAAAGCUACUAUCAUUAAUAAAACAGCUAGAAAAUCUCAUUGAGAAAAACUAUGAUAGAAAAAUCCCUGAACCUUUAGUUGCUUUGUUCAAUAAAUAUGCAUCAAAGCUGCAGUCAGCAAAUAUUGACCAUGAUAUUGAUAUAAUUUCUGCUGAAAGUCCGAAUAAAUCAAAUUACCCUCAAUUAUCAAAUGAAUCCCCCACUUCUUUGGUUCGUGAGGUUGAUUCAAUUUCAGUUGAUUCUCAAGAAGCUAAUUAUCGAACCCAUUUUAAAAUACUUGAGCAGAAAUCAAUGAUUGAUGAAUUAAAUAAAAAGCUUUUGAAUAAAAAGCGAAAACUCAUAGCUACAUCGGAGCUUACAAAAGCUCUUAAAGAUAACAUUAACUCUUGCGCUUGUCAGGAACAAAUUUAUGGUUGAUCAAGCACCCUUAAUUAUUGUUUUAAAAGUUUUAUAUAAAAUUUAUUUUUUGGGAUUUCAAAUCUAAUUCGUAAAAUUUAAUGCAGGUUUCUGCUAAAAAAUAGUAAAAUUGAUUUAGAGAUUAUUAUAAUUUUUAUCAUAAAAAAUAAAUAAUAAAUAAAUUGAUGCUCUUUAGCCUAAGGGUUAAAUUUCCCAAUAAUUAAGAUGUUUCAAAGAUUAAGCUUACUAACGGAAGAAGUAAGGAUCUUCAAAGUCGAAGCCUUGAUGUGGAAAAUUUAAGAAAUUCUUUACUCAGCUUAAUGAAAUUAUUGCCACCUUUAAAUAUAGAAUCUCAAGCUAUCAUCCAAACAAUUAAAUCCCAAUUGAAUCUUCUAGAUAAGCCAGAUCAAUCAGAAGGAUCUAUUAAAAUCGAGAAAAAAGGAAGAUGAAACAUUUUUGGUUAA